AUGGCGACCUCGACUUUAACCUCGACUUCAAGCUGCUGGACCUGCCGUCUCCGCAAAAAGAAAUGCGACGCCUCGCACCCGACCUGCCAGACAUGCCGCCGCCUCCUGAUCCCGUGCUACGCCUACGGCACUAAACCGGGCUGGAUGGACGGCGGCGACCGCGAACAGGACAUGUUGGCCGAGAUCCGCAGCGGCGUCAAAUCCACGACCGAGCGACUGAGACGGGGACGAGCUCUGAAGGCUUUGCGCCAACGACAUCCUUUGACUGCCGGUGCCGGUGCCGCUACCGCCACUGUCACUGUCAUUGCCGACCCUACUGUGAGUGCACGUCAAGUGGCUCCAGCGGCCCAUGGGUCGGAUCCCCUUCCUCGCCCUGUCACAGUCACUACGACGACGGCUACAACGCCAACUGUAACCGACGAGCCAAGGCCCCGUGAGGGUGAGAACGAGAACCAUCUCCUGGAUUCGUACUUUGAGCGUGUCUUCCCCCGCCAGUUCCCCUUCUAUCACGCUUCGUUGGUGGAGAAGGAUUGCGGCUGGCUCCGCGUGCUGGCCUUGCGGUGUGAAUCGCUGAAAUAUGCGGUCCUUGCGUUGGCGGUUGCGGAUCCAGAUACAGACACAGGUCCAGACCCAGGUCCAGAUCCAGAUCCAUAUUCAGUGGAUAAUAGACAUGCAAAGGACGAUGACAUGCGAGACCACCACAGUCGGCAAUCGCGCGACAAGGAACAGGAACAAGAAGAAUUGUACGCACUGGCUGUCUCGGGUCUGCGCGACCAUAUCGACCGGGUGAGCAGGAAGAGUCUGCACGAAGGUCUCCGCGAUGGGAUCGAGGUGUUUGUCUGUGUCAUCUAUUUGAUCAUGCUUGAAAACACCCGAGGUCGUUUCAACAACUGGCAGAAGCACAUGGCCGCAUCGCCUGGGUUGUUCCCAUUUCUCACAACCUACUGCGCGAGUUUCCCGGAUCCCGGCGUCUCGGUCUUGCACGGCGAGGAUGAGCUGGUCGAUGCGGCAAUCGGGGACGCCACUUCCCUGGACUCGGCGCUGUCGUUCGUCGACCAUGCCGCGAUGGAAUUCUUCAGUGCCGUGUUGCUGUGGUUCGACACUCUGGCUUGCGUCUCCACGGGUCGCCCGCCGCGGUAUGCCGACGUCUGCGCGGCGGCCUUUGGCCCCAGAGAAAGCAAGAUUCGGCUGCGGAACAUCAUGGGCUGUGAAAACUGGGUGAUGAUCAUCAUCCGAGACAUCGCGAUCCUAGGCGGCGGUUCGACGACGUGUGGACGAGGGAGACAUAUUGCGAGAGAUGAGGGCAUCAUCAGGAAACACGACGAGCUCAGGGAGCGUCUGGAACUGGGCCUCGUAGAGUCUUGGGAGAGCUACCUCUCCUUGCUGGCCCGACGAACCAAGGGUCGAGAGCAGGAUAUUGGACUGAUCCAGGCGUCUCCGAUAGUCACUUACAUCUUCGCAUGUGCAGCCAUGGUCUAUCUUACUGUGGGCUUUGAUGGGCCGGAUCCCCAUCUGCCUGCGAUACGGGACGCUGUUUCCAAGGCACUGACGGUGUUCAAUGCCCUUCCUGACCGUCAACUACUGCGAAGCCUGGUUUGGCCUUUCUGCAUCACCGGAUGCAUGGCGCAGAAGGACCAAGAGUCGUCGUUCGUACACCUCGCGUCCCUAGCCGGCAUCUCCAACCACCGCCCGGACACUCUGUGGAAAGCGCUUCAAGUUAUGGAGACGUGCUGGCAAAUUCGGAGUCAAGAAAAUCAGGAGCCUCCCUCUGCUGAUUGGGUCACGGCCAUGUCAAGGUUGGGUUAUCAAGUGCUGCUUGUGUGA